AUGUCACGACAUCACCACAGUUCUCGAAAUGAGAAAUCACAUCCUCAUUCGCAUUCUCGACGAGAUACUCGUCAUGAAACUCGUCGUGAGAAAAAGAAAGUUACGCCGAAAAAUCUAGCGGCGACGUUGGGAAUGAUGGGGUUGGCGAUUGGGGCUACGUUGUUGACGGAGGGGGGACCGUGGAAGAGUCGUAUGGCUGCGGCGGCUACGGUGGUGGGGAUGGAGCAGGUGCUUGAGAGUGGGGGGUUUUUUGAUGGGAAGGGGGAGGGGGAGGGGAGGGUGGUUAAGGAGAGGGAGGAGAAGGGGGAAAGGGAAAGGGAAAGGGAAAGGAGGGGUGAGAGAGGGUUUGAGGAGGAGAGGAGACGGAGGGAUGUGGAGGAUGAUGAUGAAAGAGCAUAUCGACAUCGAAGGGAGAGGGUUAGAGAAGAAGAAGAUAGGAGAGAAACGAGAGGAACGAGGCAUGGACAUGGAUAUGAUUCAUAUGAGAGAACAAGAAGAGAUACUCACGACGAAGAUGAUCGACGACGUCGAGAAAGAAGAGCUAGGAGGGAAGCCAAUAGACGGUUCGACGAACAAUAUGAGAUUGAGGAGCUUCCCGUCUGA